GACUGACCAGCUCGAGGAGGCCGUCGGUAUAAGCGGAGGGAGGGAAGACAUUGCCCAUGGAUGAGUUGCAUGACUUGGCUUCAGCCCUAGAGCAGACAUCUGAACAGAUCAAGCUGGAUGAGUUGUGGGAAGAAAUGACUCUGAGCCCUAGGCAACAACGGCGGCAACUUCGCAAGAGACGGGGCCGCAAGCGGCGCUCGGACCUGACGCAUCAAGCAGAGCAUGCUUGCUGCUACAGCGGGGCCUCUGAAUCCAGCCUGGAUGAAGCGGUGGAAGACUGCCGGGAAGUGCUGACGGCCAACUUUAGUGACUCGGAUGACAUGACAGGAGUCAAACGUCACCCAGCGCUUAGUGGAACUCUCAGGAGUAAGCAGCACUCGUGGCACGAGUCUGACUCGUUCACUGAGAAUGCGCCAUGCCGACCACUCAGACGUCGUCGAAAAGUUAAGCGUGGGACAUCAGAGGUGGCUGCCAGCCUUCAGCAAAAACUUAGAGUGUCAGAAUGGAGUUAUGAAAAGGGUUGCCGGUUCAAGUCUGCUAAGAAACAGCGCCUGUCUCGGUGGAAGGAGAAUGCUCCCUGGACAUCAUCUAGCCGAGGGCUGUGUGAAUCAGCAGAGACUAGGGCCUUCCUCAGCAAGGGGGGAAGGAAUGAGAGGAUGGAGUGUGAAGCGGAUGAACAGAAACAGGGUUCUGAUGAAAAUAUGUCUGAAUGUGAAACCAGCAGUGUAUGCAGCAGCAGCGACACUGGCCUCUUCACAAACGAUGAAGGCCGUCAAGGAGAUGAUGAGCAGAGUGAUUGGUUCUACGAGGGAGAAUGUGUCUCAGGCUUUACUGUCCCAAACCUUCUGCCCAAGUGGGGAACUGACCACCGAUCAGAUGUAGAGCGAAUGGACUCCAGCCUUGAAAAAGUUUCAGAUCCAACAUUCCUUCUGCCUUCUCGGCCAGCUACAAGAGGGUUUCAUGGCCGUUUGAACCGCCUUCCCAGUGUUGCUUCCCGUUGCCUCAGAAAGGGCCGCAGAAGGCUAGUUGGAAAGGAGACCAUCAUGAGUGCUAUUGGCACUGAGAGGAUUAGCCACAUCAUUGGUGAUACAUGCCAAAAAGAUUUCUGGUUGCCGUCCGUGGGAAUGAGGUAUCGCAACCAGUUUAAUCCACUAUCUCCUCUGUACUCUUUGGAUGUUCUUUCUGAUGCCUCUCACCGAAGGUGCUCUCCAGCACACUGCACAGCCAGGCAGACUAAUAUCCAUCUAGGACCUCCAUGCUCAAGGGACAUCAAGAGGAAGCGAAAGCCCGUAAUGGCAACAUCCUCCCUUUCCAGCCCAUCCUCAGCAGCUUUAUCUAUCCACAUAGAUGCAUCAGACCCUGCUUCACCAGUGACACACUCCCAGAGACACCAGAACUGACUGGACAGGCCAGAGUCCUUUCAUUGGAGAAAAGUACCAUUGUUACCCCAGACAGCUCUUUUAAAAUGCUGUAAGAGAAAGUUCUUG